CUGGACGCGCACAAACCGUAAAAACUGCACUUAUUUGUUCAUUUACGGCCUUUUUACGGACACCAAGGAAACGUGACUGGCAAACGAAAAGGGCUGAUUGCCCAAAUGGAAACAGCCUAUUGCCUAGAUGGACUUGUUCGUUGCUCUUCAAGAUGAGCAACACCUAGCGGAUCCCUUGGUAGUCGGUUCCGAGCUGAAGAAGCUGCAGAAGCUGCCGGCAGAGCCAGGGAAUUUGGGGGAUGGGCAGCAGGAGAUCCUUGAAAAUGGAGGCAGCAACAAUGCGCAGCAGGAUUCACUGUCCCAGUUGGCCUGCAGCCUGCACAGACUGUCCAAGGAUGAUCACAUAGUCAUUGAUCGGAAACGCAACGAGGUCAUUCGGACGGAUGCAGUGACCCAGCAGAUGACUAUUUACCGCUGCUUGGAUCCCGUGGGCAUGGGCAUGCGUCCAGCGGCGGUCAAGCGGCAGCAAAACCCGCCUGCCAAGGUAGGGAGACCCCAGAAAAGGAUCAGUGCAGCGUCUUCCACUGCUCCGCUGGCGAAGAAGUCGCCGCCGCCACCUGUGGAGGAUAAGCCUGCCCCCGAUAUACACCGCACUCGGUCAGGCCGUCAGGUUAGAGGUUCCAUGCCACAGCCCGCUCCCGUGACCAACGGCCAGGCUGUAGAGCCCACUUCCGCCCAACUGCUGGAGAUGCUAGUGGCAGAUCUGAGGGACAAGGACUACCGAGCACCAAUGCCAGCUCCCAAGAGUAAUGCAAGUCAAGAGUCAGCUCCUACGCCCACUCCACGAGCCGUGCCCAAGAAUGCCAUCUGUCCAGGCUGCGGUAAGAUUUUUUUGGGUCGACGCAUGCAGCGACACUUUGUCAAGUUCCCAGAACACAUGCUCCCACGUCCCGUCGAACAGCCGCCCCCUCCUCCUUCCUCCACGCCCUCGCUCUUUGGCCUUCUGACCGCCCAACUUCAGAGGCAUUCGGACCUCAGCGAGGAGCAGCGUGCCGAUCUCUUUCUGAGCGAGCUGAAUGACUUUGUGGAGCAGCUACAGCUGCGUAGUCAGCGCCUCAUCCGGAAUACAUCGGGCCUGCACUUCGUGAAUGCCAGAAUAGCGCGAGUCUUGGGCAUACCCGAAGGUCAGUAUGCCUUGGAUAUGUCGGCCAUGGAAUCUCCGCAGGCUCCCACACCGGAGCCGGAGGGAACCGCAUUGGUAGCUGGCAGUGGCCGUGCCCGUAACCUGGUGGAUUAUGCCGGUCUAAGCAUGUCGCUGGACGACACGCUUACCGACGAGGCUGCCCAGCGAUUGAAUCUGUCGGCGGGCGGAAAGCUCCUACCGCCAUCCGAGGAGAGCCUUCUGCGUAAUGUCAGCGAUCUCAUGCAGCCGCCAGUAGCUACUGCUCCGCCAACUGUUAACCAUGGCUACGAUCAUGCCAGCGAUAAUGCUGUGGAGGCGCUAACCAUGAAGGAAACGCCCAAUACAGAGGCCAUACUGGAUCUCAAUGUGGAUUUCUUUCAGUUUAAUCCGAAUUAGGUGGCUGAAAUGUAUGAAAGUGAUAUGAGAUUGUGUGAAGUUAUCUUUGAGGGAUAAUAGAAUAGAUUAUUUUAAUUGAAAAGAAGUUUAAAAUGUGUAUAUAUAAUGGAUAAUUGAUCUCCUCAGAUCACAAGUUUGUAAUAUUUUUGUAAAUACGUAUUAUUUUUAAUGGAAAGGUUUCUAUUAAUCUUAUAAUUAGGUAGAUAAGUAGGAGUGAGAAUGAAUGACAGACCUUGAAUGAAUAUAGAGUAUUGAAUAUUGAGAUUGUCCAUGAAGUACUCACUUGGUAAAUGAAAAGUGACCAGUAAACAUGAAUUUUCCAAACUUGAA